AUGACUUCAACGAUUCCCUUCCAAGAUCAACCUAUGGUGACAACGUCACGAGUCUGUGAUACAUUGUGGCAUAGCGACGCGCGUGCUCUACAGUAUGCAGUGCCAGCUAACUGUCUAUUUAUCGGCGCAUUGUCGUUUCUUCUUCCGAUAGGACCGCUAUCAGCGGCUAUGAUGUUGGACGCUUUUCUUCUUGCUAUGGCUGCUAUUGGUAUUACUGGUAAAGCAGCCGUACUUAUUGUGCCUAAUAUAGCCAUCAAGAUUCUACUACUGCUCAUUAUGCUGUUCAUAGGUUGUGUUUCGAUCGAUACUUUUCAUGCUCAUUAUCUUAAGGAGACGGCUCCAUUGAUCCAAGGGACGGAGAUUGUUUCACAGUCACCAGUUUCGUUGUGGCGUACCGUUGUUCAUGCCUAUCCGUCCUUACCGUUAUGGACUGUCGCAUUUAUUCUGCUCAUAUGUAUAGAAAUUAGAUUAUUUUUCUGCGCUUGGUACAGAAUUGCUUUCGGGAAUAGUGACGGGGAAGAGAAGGAAGUUGAAAGGCAUCCUCCCUCAUAUGCGUACUGUAUUUCUCAUGCUGCACCGAACGUAUGUUCUGUCGAUGAACUUCCAUCGUAUGAAGAGGCGAUACGACGAAGUAGUCUACAGAAGCCAUGUUGCUCAAAGACGUUACUGCCUCGUUCUGGACAAGCAUUCCCAAGCUGUUCGACGUCAAAACCAACAACACCUGUCGCUCAGACAUCAACACGAUCACAGCCCAACGAAAAGGCUAAAGCUCAACUGAAAGCACAGGUGCAACCGAAUUGUGGCCAUUCAAAUCGAACAACCACGUUCGGAAGCGGAUCGAUAAUGGCAACAGUCCUCGCGUUUGUCGAAAACGGUUACUGCGUUUCUCCUACAUGGAGAAAAAUUAUGUAUAUAUGUAUAUAA